AUGCGUGAAAAUAUUCAACCUGCCUUGGUACUCAUUGCUCUUUCGAUACUAAAAUGCGAAUCACUUAACCUGGAUAUACCGCGCGCGGACGAUUUAAAUAUUUCCAAUUUCGUAGCCAAGCACUUCGAUCGCGGAUCGUUCACCGUUAUAUCCAGUCGCAAAUAUCGCUACUCAUCGCUGCUCGAACUCAACAAACCCAAACACUUGAUAACAGACCUACGGAAUAUCGAAAAACUGUUGCCCAACGACGGCCAAUUCAUUUUCAUCGAAAAGAACACCGAAUCCUUUUCGUACUCGUUGAAUCGCUUCAACAGAUCCGCCAACUGGCGGAGCACCGCCCGAUUUUUGGUGGCCAUCGAACACGCCGAUGCGGCCGAAGUGUUCGAGAAACUCUGGAAAGCCUUCAUUUACAACUCCGUGGUGUUGACGAACGGCUCGUUGUACGCGUGGUUUCCGUUCGCCAGGAAGAACGCCUGCGGUACGAAAUUCCACGUCGACGGCAUCGCAUCGGACGAUCCGUUCUCGAAUAGAAUUCCCGAGCGGCUCGACGGUUGCGUUUACGGUUACACGGCGGUGAUAUCGCAUCGUUAUUUCGACAACGACACGCAGAAGGGCCUGUUUCCGACGAUUUUUCAAUAUUUAGGAGAAGCCACGGGCGCCGAAUUCCAGCCCGUCGUGCCGUUAAAUUUGAUUAACGAAACCGCCCACGGCGAUCACCGGCCUGUCUACUACAUUUUCCACCAUUACGGAGUAGUAGCCGGUACGUAUCAGUCGAUUCUGGGCAGCAGAAUGCGCGAUUUCCAAUGCGAGUACUCCAAACCGGUUCACUACUUCGUCGUUUUGCUCGCCCUACCGCCGAGAAAAGAACUCGUGCCUAAUUUAUUCGUGAUUUUCUCCUACGAAGUCAUAUUCACUAUCAUAUUAUCCUACUUGGUGAUAGCGGUAUUUUGGAAAAUCAACUACAACAUCGAGCUCUAUCAAGCCGUGUACGAAACCUACCAAUUAUUCAUUACCAUCCAAACGUGCAGGAAAGUGUUGCACUACAAACUCCUGCUGAUAGUGAUCCUUUGGUACGUUACUCACUUGAAUAUUUUCUACCAAACGAAGCUCAGCAGCAUACUGGCCUCGCCUACGUUGACUCCUAAGAUAAAAACCGUCGAUCAAUUUCUCCAAUCGGACAUCAGAUUGAGAACUCACCAGGCGACUUUGCACUACACGGCGCCCAGGGGAGCGGAAGUGAACAAGAUGAUCGAGGAGAAACGGAGCGACCUAAACUGUCCCUUGAAAGACAUAUUGAAAGUGUUUUACAACCAGAGCGAUUACGCGACAGUAACGUCCUACGAAGAUCUGCUAAUGGUGGUCAACAGGAAGGAUCAAGAGGUGGUUUAUAACGAUCCUUUGGUUACGAUGGAGGUGUUGUUGAUUUUCAAGAAGAAUUUUCCUCUCGUCGAUAGACUUAAUUAUUGGAUAACGGUCGCUUUCGAAGGCGGGUUACUAGCUAAGUGGUGGCAGGACGCUACUGCCGAAACGGAGCGAUUAAAGGCGAGUUUCGUUCGAGAGGGUUUGAGGAAACUGAAUUCGCAGAAUCUGUUGAGUUGCUUUUUGUUCCUGCUGGUUGGUUUGACGGUAGCGACUGUAGUUUUCAUCGUUGAAUUGAAAAUGGGGAAGUCUAGAAGUACUAGUUUCUAG